CGCCAUUCGACGGCAAAAGUCGAUUAAUUUUAAAAGUUAGACAUUGUCAUAACCAUCGAGUGAAGUCUUCUAAACGACAAUAGAUAUACUACUUUAGUGUUGGUUAUGCUCAGGCUCCAGAAGCGCUUGGCGUCCAGCGUCUUGCGCUGUGGCAAAAAGAAGGUUUGGUUGGACCCCAACGAGACAAAUGAGAUCGCCAAUGCCAACUCACGCCAGCAGAUCCGCAAGCUGGUGAAAGAUGGCCUCAUCAUCAGAAAGCCCGUGACGGUGCACUCCCGUGCCCGUUGCCGCAAGAACACAUUAGCACGCCGCAAGGGACGUCAUAUGGGCUAUGGUAAGAGGAAGGGUACUGCCAAUGCCCGUAUGCCCGAGAAGCUGUCUUGGAUGCGGCGCAUGAGAAUCCUGCGCCGUCUUCUCCGCCGCUACAGGGAGUCCAAGAAGAUUGACAGGCACAUGUACCACAGUCUGUACCUGAAGGCCAAGGGUAACGUGUUCAAAAACAAGCGCAUCUUGAUGGAGCACAUCCAUAAACUAAAGGCAGACAAGGCUCGCAAGAAGCUCCUUGCCGAUCAAGCCGAAGCCCGUCGCACAAAGACGAAGGAGGCCCGCAAGCGCAGAGAAGAGCGUCUCCAGGCCAAAAAGGAGGAGUUUAUCAAGAACUUGGCCAAAGAGGACGAAGCCAACAAAUAGCAAUGAUGUCAUAUGCAGGCGACGUUAUACUCAGCUUUUUUGUUAUUAAUAAAUUGGCUAAAAGUAA